AUGACGAAGAUAACCCAGAUCGAAGACAAGGGGGCAACCAUAGCAUGGAGCCCCAACGCGUCACACCCAGAUAUAAUAGCAUUGGGCACCAAGGACUCUGGUGGCAUUGGCUUUGAUGACACAGGAGGAGAGAUUGAUCUCUAUGAUCUAAAUUUGACGUCUCCAGAUGGUCCUUCUCCUCAACCAAACCUCGUGGGGUCGGUCAAAACACAGAGCCGAUUUGCUAGUGUUGCUUGGACGACUGGUGAAUCGCUUGCUGACCGGUUUAAAAUGGGUCUUUUGGCUGGAGGAAUGGCAGAUGGCACGGUCCAUGUUUGGAACCCCACAGCCAUUAUGCAGCAGCAAGAUCCACUGCUGACCUCUAUUUCUAAUGGAUUGGCGGGGCCCAUUAAAGCACUACAAUUCAGUCGUUUGAAUCCUACAAUGCUCGCUGCUGGAGGUGCCAACGGCAAAGUCAUGGUAGCCGAUUUGUCCACUCCGGAAGCACCAGAUGUUUUUGCUCCUUGUCCUGACUACAGUCAAAGCACAGAAAUCACAUCAGUCGCAUGGAACACGCAGGUGGCUCAUAUUGUUGCCAGUGCAGCCGGUGAUGGAUCGGUGGCUGUCUGGGAUCUAAACGCUAGGAAAGCUUGGUGUAACCUACGAUGUGAAACGUCGGGUCAGGCAGUGGCAGAUAUUUGUUGGAAUCCAACUGAAGGAUUGCAUAUCUUGACAGCCUCUGCAGAUGACAGAAAUCCUGUUCUAAAGUUGUGGGAUCUCAGGGCUUCCACAAGCAUGCCUCUCACAACCCUCACAGGACACACAGCAGGAAUUCUCAAGACGUCCUGGUGUCCACACGAUAAUACGCUAUUGUUGUCUUGCGGAAAGGAUAAUCGUACUGUCCUCUGGGAUUUGCAUACACUUCGACCCAUCGCCGAUGUUCCCAAUGAUAUCCCUGAACAGUCAGCACACGAUAGUAUCAACAACCAAAACGAAAUGUUCGGAUCUAGUGGUCUUGCUCCCGCACAACAACGUCGUUAUGAUAUUCAAUGGUCACCCAUGAAACGCGGAGUAAUGGCUACCUGUUCUCUCGAUAGAAAAGUGCAGGUCCAUUCUGUUAUUGGCUUGGCAACAAAGUGCGGCCGUCCUCCAAAAUGGAUGAAACCUAGCAGUUCUGUGUCCUGUGGUUAUGGUGGUACUGUUAUCUCUUGCAAAAAGACGGACAAGAUUGUGCAAAUUCGAAAGGUUCACGAGCAGCCGGAGCUGGUUCAGGCAUCCAACGCGUUUGAGGCCGAAAUGCAAUCCUCGGAUAUCACGGGAUUUUGCGACAGAAAGAUAGCCUCAGCACCAUCGCAGCUAGAACAGCAGACCUGGGGAUUCAUGAAAGUGAUGUUUGAGAGCAAUGCGAAGCAAGUGCUGGUGAAGCACCUGGGUUUGGAUCCUCAGAAAAUUGCAGAAGAAGCCAUGGCUCCUGCAACAGACACGGCAAACGGCGCACCAACUGUAGGACAAAAGAACGGUAUGAGCAAGACUGCUGAGAACACAGUCAAGAAGGCUCUCCUGGUAGGAAACUACGAAGCCGCUGUGGAAUGCUGUUUCAAUGCAGGGAAUCUGGCAGACGCGUUGUUGCUAGCAAGUUGUGCUGGAGCCGAAGUCUGGGCCAAGACGCAGCAAAGAUUUUUCGAGAGCGAGUCUCCCAAACGGCCCUUUCUUGCCAUGGUUAGCGCCAUCAUUCGAGGCCAAGUUGGGGAUCUUGUUUCCACUUCAGAUGCAGCUCAGUGGCAAGAGACACUUGCUCUGGCAUCGACAUACGCCACACCCGAGGAGUUCCCAACUCUCUGCAUAUCCCUAGGUGACAAACUCUCUGAAGCUGGUGAUCACCAUGCUGCCAAUCUCUGCUACAUGUGCUCGCUCAGUCUUGACCACUCUGUACGAUACUGGUUGUCACAACUGGAAGCUGCAAAUAAGCAAAAGGGAUCUUUGGAUUUGCUGGCUCUUCAUCAAUUCGUUGUCAAGGUGUCUGUCUUUAUGAAAGCAACCGGGGGCGCCUCAACAGUUUCUCCCGAAAUAGGAGUUUUGUUCACGAAAUACGCCAGUGCAUUGGCCGACCAAGGACUCCUCGUGCCUGCAGCGAAAUACGUUCGGGGUGACUCUGAAGAGAGCCAGAUUUUGCGUGACAGAUUGUAUCGAUCUAGAUCCAGCGCGGAGUGCUUACAAGUUCUAGGUUCCGCUCCUCCGUUCCCAUUCUCAAUGAAUCCUGUGAAGAGGACGACGCAGACAGUGAGGAACACAGCCAACAACAACACGCAACAAAUGCGCAACACCAGUGCACACAGCAACACCGGAUCUAGCUACGCGGGCAAUCAGCAGCAGGCGCAGACCAGCAUGCAAAACGGAACAAGCACUCCAGCGCCGGCACCUGCAGCGACACCGCAGUUGCCCGCUGGUUGGAUGGCCCUCCAAGACCCGACAAGUGGUAACACGUACUAUGCGAAUCAAACCACAGGAGAAACGAGAUGGGACCCGCCGCCAGGCACGGUUUCAGCUCAGAGUCAAAGAGCAUCAACACCUGUUACGCAAACGCAGAAUGCUACUAGCAAUUCGCAGGCACAAUACACGUCGGCUCAGAAUUCGCAGGCACAAUACGCAGCUGACAAAAAGGCAUCCAGCGUCUCGGCGACGAAUACGAAAUUGGCCUCGAAGUACGGGGAUGGCUUCGUCAGUUCAUCUUCUCAUCCUGAGCUUGCGUAUCAGUAUGGAAACGUUGGAACGAGUAACCCGUACACUGGCGCUACGAGACAUGGUAUUGCACAGGUCACACCAGGGAAAGCACCAGUAUCGGCCACGCUGAACUUCGACAGUGUUCAGCUUCCUGCCGAAUACAAUCCUAUCAAGGAUGGCUUGCUCACGAUCACGUCGUCUCUUGCUGCAGCUCCUCUGACAGCUGCAGACAAGCGACAGCUCUCUGAGGCAGAAAAGGGCGUGGCAAUCCUUGUGAAGAGACUUGCGCGUGGUGACAUUGACGCGGGCGUGAUCCAAAAGGUCUCGAAUCUCGUCACUGCACUUCUCAACCGAGACUACAACACCACUACUCAAAUUCAAAAGCAAUUGGUGAACGAUGACUGGAAAGAUCACAAGGAUUGGCUCAAAGGAGUCAAGUUCCUGAUUCAACUGGCUUCGAAGAGGCUCUAG